AUGGCUCGUUCAAGCCUCCUCACUUGGGCAGUGCUUGCCCUGGCAUGUUUGGAGGUUGAUGCUCUCUACAGCAAGACCUCCCCUGUCCUCCAGGUCACAGGAAAGACAUAUGACUCUCUCAUCGCUCAGUCAAACCAUACUUCUAUAGUCGAGUUCUAUGCACCGUGGUGUGGUCAUUGUCAAAACCUCAAACCUGCCUACGAGAAAGCUGCGAAAGGCCUUGCCGGACUGGCCAAAGUUGCCGCUGUGGACUGUGACGACGAGGCAAAUAAACCUUUUUGUGGACAAAUGGGUAUUCAAGGGUUUCCAACCUUGAAAAUCGUGAAGCCCGGGAAAAAACCAGGAAGACCGAUUGUCGAAGACUACAACGGACCCAGAUCUGCAAAAGACAUUGUGCAAGCUGUGAAGGACAAGAUACCGAACCAUGUCAAGAGACUACAAGGCGAAGCUCUGGAGGAAUGGCUCAAAGAUUCUUCUACGCCAGCAAAGGCCCUCAUCUUCACAGACAAAGGGACCACGAGCCCUCUCGUCAAAAGUCUAGCUGUAGACUUUCUUGGAAGUAUUGCUUUCGCCCAGAUAAGACACAAGGAGACUGCUGAAAAGUUUGGUGUGACCAAUUUCCCCACUGUCCAGCUUAUUCCAGCUGCCGGCGAGGCAACUAUCUCUUACGACGGCGAAAUUAGUCGGGACGCCCUGGUGAACUUUUUCAGUCAAGUCGCGCCGCCCAACCCAGAUCCAGCUCCCAAAAAGUCAAGGGCAGCCAAAUCAACAUCGAAGCAUGCAAAGUCUUCAAGCUCAGCCUCCGCUGCAUUCUCCAAAGCCUCCGAAGCCCAUAAAUCCUCCGACUUUAACGAUUACCUCGGUAGUUCUAGGACGAUUGUACUAGACGAUGAUACGCCAACCAAUUCGCCACUUCCUAUCGUAGAGCCAGAUGAGAAGCCUAUGGUUGUGCCUGAUGUGAUUCCUCCGAUUCCGAUUGUCAGUACUGCGGCCGAGCUUGAAGCUGCUUGCUUGACUCCAAGGAGCGCCAACUGUCUCCUGGUUUUGGUGCCGGCCACCACUGACCCAGAAGAAGUUCCUCAACCUGCCACUUCUGCAUUAGCUGGAAUAGCUGAAAUUGUGCAAAAGCAUAGUAAACGCAAAGCCAACAUGAUACCUGCCUACGCGGUCACACCUGACAAUCCAUCUGCGACACUAAUUCGACAAGAGUUGGAGCUUGCAGCGGAUGGCAGCCUAGAGAUUGUUGCAUUGAACAUGAAGAGACGGUGGUGGAGAAGAUACGAAAGUGCAGCCUACGAUGUUCUCGAUCUCGAGAACUUCAUCGACGCCAUCAAACUCGGAGAAGGUUCGAGGACAAGAUUGCCCGAUAGCUUUGGAGGCUCAGCACCGGAGUCAACUGCGCCUGAACAAAGUGAAACCAUUGAUAGUGCCUCGAGCCCAGCUCCCGAACCAACUGCGUCUACCGACCACGAUGAGCUGUGA